AUGUAUGUAUGUAUGUAUGUAUGUAUGUAUGUAUGUAUGUAUGUAUGUAUGUAUGUAUGUAUGUAUGUAUGUAUGUAUGUAUGUAUGUAUGUAUGUAUGUAUGUAUGUAUGUAUGUAUGUAUGGUAUGUAUGUAUGUAUGUAUGUAUGUAUGUAUGUAUGUAUGUAUGUAUGUA